GCCAAGAUACCAAAGUUUCAAUUUCAGCCAUCAGGGUCUCUGGCGUGUCUCUGUCUCUGUCUCUGUCUCUCUAUCUUUUUCCAUUCAAAUUGGAGGCUAGAGCAUUUAAUAAGCCUAUUGUAAAUUUGAAUGCUCAUUCACAACACACGAGAACCUUGCUUCACCUUCCAUUUCUGGGUGCAGAUCGGAUCUAGUUACCUAGCUAGUUCUAAAACCAAAACUUCAACUGCAAAUCUGCAACUCAGUGUCCUGCUCUGUUUUUUUUUUUCCAGGAUUUUUCCUGGAACUGGAUCAUCAACACCCUUCAGAGUAAACAACAUUGUUUAACAUAUUCCUCAUAGGGAGGGAGUGAAGACAAAGAUGCCACAAGAAACCGACUCCCAUUCAAUUUCAAUGUCUCCUUGCAAGAACUUACGAGGAUUAAAGGCUUUGGUUCCUAACAAUGAGGCUUCAUACACUGAGGAGAUUAUCAACGACCAUGAAUUAGCUCAAAGAAAAGCCGGAGAAGCAGCUUCAAGGAGGUACAAAGCAGCAGAAUGGCUGCGUCAGAUGGACCACGGCGCAUCAGCAACACUGCCCAAAGAAGCCACCGAGGAAGAGUUCUGCCUUGCACUCCGCAAUGGCCUCAUUCUCUGCAAUGUCCUCAACAAAGUCAAUCCCGGCGCUGUUCUCAAGGUGGUGGAAAAUCCAGUAAUUGCCGUUCAGUCCACGGAGGGAGCAGCACAGUCUGCAAUUCAGUAUUUUGAGAACAUGAGGAAUUUCUUGGAGGCUGUUAAAGAAAUGCAGCUCUUGACAUUUGAAGCAUCCGAUUUGGAAAAGGGGGGCUCAUCAAGUAAAGUUGUGGACUGCAUUCUGUGUCUGAAAGGGUAUUACGAGUGGAAGCUAGCUGGUGGAGUUGGGGUUUGGAGGUAUGGAGGCACUGUGAGGAUCACAUCCCUUCCAAAGGGAUCUCCAUCCUCCAUACUUAGCAGUGAAAGUGCUGAUGAGUCGGUGGAUGAAUCCGAUUCAUCAACAUAUGAGCAGCUGUUAGAAUUUCUCCAUCUUUCUAGUGAAGUCUCAAUUGAAGAAUCCAGAACUGCUAAUGCUCUGACUUUCCUCUUCGAUCAUUUUGGACUUGGACUUCUACAGGCUUACCUCAAAGAGACUGAUGGGAUUGAAGACUUCCCUUUGAAUGCAAUGGUUAUUGAUACUUUGCUCAGUAAAGUAGUCAAGGAUUUCUCGGCGCUACUUGUUUCCCAAGGCACUCAGCUUGGAUUGUUUUUGAAGAAAAUAUUGAAAAGCGAUGCUGGCUCCUUCUCAAAGCAUGAAUUUAUAACAGCCAUUUCACUCUAUCUUAAUCAAAGAACUAAUUUGCUGUCAAGUGAUUUAUCAAGAUUCUGUGUUUGUGGUGGGAAACGCAAUGGUACUCGGCAUAAUGUCAAUCUUUCUGCAGACCAUGCAGAACUGAUUGAUUUUCAACAGAAACAGCUUGAGGAGCUAAAAUUAUCUUUUCAAGAGGCAAAAUCAGAGGUGAAACAGGUCCACUCAGCCUGGGAGAAAGAACUUAGUAGGCUUGAGAAUCAUUUUAAGGGCCUUGAAGUAGCCUCCUCUUCCUAUCACAAGAUUCUAGAAGAAAACCGCGUACUUUACAAUCAAGUCCAAGACCUCAAAGGAACCAUUAGGGUUUAUUGUAGAGUUAGGCCCUUCUUACCUGGGCAAUCAAAUGGGCAUUCUACUGUAGACCACAUAGGAGAAAAUGGAAAUAUCAUGAUUUACAAUCCCUUUAAGCAGGGCAAAGAUGCAAGACGAGUAUUUGCAUUCAACAAAGUAUAUGGAACAAAUGUCACACAAGAGCAAAUAUAUGCUGAUACUCAACCAUUGAUCAGGUCUGUUCUAGAUGGUUUUAAUGGUUGUAUCUUUGCAUACGGACAGACUGGCUCAGGGAAGACAUACACAAUGAGUGGCCCAGAUUUGACCUCUGAGGAGACAUGGGGUGUAAACUAUCGUGCACUUCGUGACUUGUUUCAAAUAUCAAAGGCGAGGGAGGAUAUCAUAAAAUAUGAAGUUGGAGUCCAGAUGAUUGAAAUAUACAAUGAACAAGUGAGGGAUCUAUUAGUCAGUGAUGGCUCUAACAGAAGAUUAGAUAUACGAAAUAACUCUCAAUUGAAUGGCCUUAAUGUACCCGAUGCAAGUUUGAUUCGGGUUACAUGCACUCAAGAUGUUCUUGACUUGAUGAGAAUUGGCCAAAGGAAUCGUGCUGUGGGUGCUACAGCUCUAAAUGAGAGGAGUAGCCGUUCACAUAGUGUUUUAACUGUUCAUGUCCAUGGAAAAGAGUUAGUUUCUAAUUCCAUUCUUAGGGGUUGCCUCCAUCUAGUGGAUUUGGCUGGAAGUGAAAGAGUGGAUAAAUCUGAAGCUGUUGGUGAGAGGCUGAAGGAGGCCCAACAUAUAAAUAGAUCACUUUCUGCACUUGGAGAUGUCAUCUCUGCUCUUGCACAAAAGAGUACACAUAUUCCUUAUAGGAAUAGCAAGCUUACUCAAGUAUUGCAAGAUUCUCUAGGUGGGCAGGCAAAGACAUUGAUGUUUGUACAUAUAAAUCCUGAACUUAAUGCUCUUGGGGAGACAAUUAGCACACUCAAGUUUGCUGAGAGGGUCGCCUCCAUAGAACUUGGGGCUGCCCGAUCUAAUAAAGAAACUGGAGAAAUCCGAGAUCUCAAAGAAGAGAUAUCGAACCUUCAACUGGCAUUGGAGAGGAAGGCAACUGAACUUGAGCAAUUGAAAGCUGGGAAUACUCGAAGCACAAUAGAGUCCCAAAAACCAAGACCGGUUUCACCUUUUCGAAUGCCAAGGAGUGGUAUCAGUAACAGCCUGAAGCCUGAAACUUGCCAACGACCCAUUGACGAUACAAGAAACUUAGAGGCUAGAAGUUGUUCUUCCGGAAAGCAGAGGAGGUCAAGAUUUCCCUCUGCAUUUGCAGACAAGGAGAUCACACAAAAGAUACCUUUUCUAGCUGAAGAAAGAUUAGUGAUCUCUGGAAAGCCAAGGUCACCGUCCCCUCCUGUUAGGAGAUCAAUGUCCACUGAUAGAGGGUCUGUCAUAAGGAGCAGGGUCAAAGCUGACACAACUGACAACCAACCUAUUGCAAAAGUACCAUUUCCUGCUAGAGUUUCUGUUAAUAAGUCUGUUGCCGCAAUGCCAAUGAUCCCUUCAACAGAUAGCAAUUCAAGGGUACAUAUAGGUUCACAAGAGCCGUUUCCUGCUAGAUUUUCUGUUAAUAAGUCUGUUGCUACAAUGCCAAUGAUCCCUUCAACAGAUAGCAAUUCAAGGGUACAUGUAGGUUCACAAGAGCCAGCUAAACAUGAUAAUAUUUCUGAUGCAUACUACAGCCUCCAGAAGAUAAGCACCAAGAAAGUUUACCCAGAACAUGAAGAGGAGCAGUUUAAGCAAGCUCUUAAUGUAAGGCAAGGUGGCAUUAGGAAAAGCAAGGCUGAGAGCAAGGUCAAGGCAAAGCAUAAUCAGCUGCCAGCUAAGACUCAGAAGUCUGAGAUGGCAACAACAUUGUUCUCUGACAUGCACAUUGCAGGUGAAAAGAUGGAGGAAGCGCCUCGAAAGAGUGAAUUCCCCGAGCCAGAAAAUGAGCAAGGCCUUGUUGGGUCACCAGUGCAUGGUGCUCUAAAGGUGAAAAAGCCUCAACAGAACUUCCCACGGAUCUCCCAAAAUCUUGAACCAAGAGGACUAGUGGAACCCUUACUGGCUGGGAAACUUGACAACAAGGUUCCAAAUGGUCUAGUUCGCUUUCCAAAGGAAGGCCCCAACGCAUCAAUGCCUGAGUUUAGAAGGAGUCGCUCCACACCUCGCGGGAAAUUUAUGAUUCUACCUUGAGGAUCUCACAACAUAAAGCAAUGAUUUUAUUGCCACUAAUUUUUUUUUCUUUCAAAUAUUGUACAGUGACUACUAUUAGUGUUGGCCUUCCAAAUUGCAUACUUCUUCUACGGGGACUCCGAUGAUGUUCUGGAGAGUGUUAUGGUGGAAUCCUUCUCUUUUCCCUGAUAAAUAUUUUGGACAUAUUUCUCUGUAAUUCAAAUUUAAAUUAUCUUUGUA